CUUAUGUUUGACGUUCGAGAAACAGAUCGAAGCGAGAAGAAAUAACUUAAGAAUAACAUCAUGUUUUGGUUUCAUUACAUUUCCUUUUAUGCAGCCAUUUUUUAGAUCUCAAUUCAGUAUUUUCAUUCGACCUUCCCGAACUGUGUUUCACUCCAGCUGGUCCUAUGGACAUCCUUUCUUCAGAGUGCUCUCUGGUGGCCAGCACGGCACCGAUGGACGGCGAGGACGAGAGGAUCAUGGAGAACAUGAAGGCGCAGUUCCAGGCUCUACAAGUGCAGCGAGGGAAGAGUGUGCCGAAAUGUCUGGAGAAGAGGAAGGAGGGGAAACGGUGGGAGAAGCAAGAGGAAAAACGGGAGGAGAAGGGCAUCCCUAUGGGGAGACCCAUCAGCGGCCAGGAUGGCCUGCAGCUGCCGGUCUCACACUUGGACUCAGCCAGCAAGCAAAGCAAAAGGUUGUUCCCGGAGCCGAACGAAGAGCUGCAGGACCGGCUGAGGCAGCUCCAGGAUGAGAACAGCAGGCUGCGCAAGCUGGUGAAUGAAAAGAACUUCGAGAUGAAGCAUAUAAAGAAGAAGAGGGAAGAGGACCAACUGGCUUUAUCGGGUCUGUGACGUCUGCAAGUCUCCAAUGGAUGUUGCAUGCAUAUUUUACUGUGUUUAUUCACGCGAAUUAGCAAAACAUUUUUAAGGGUGUAAAAUCUGAUGUGAAAAUGACCUUUUUUUGAGGCACACAUGUCUUUGCCAAAAACAUACAGUGCUGUGAAAAAGCAGCAGGAAAAAAUCCUCCAGCCUGAUGUAAGACCCCCCGGGUAACAGCUACUGGAAGCAUUUAGUUGCAGUCAUUACAGCUAAAGGUGGCACGGUCAGUUAUUUUGAAGUGGCGGUUACUUUUUUCCACAAAUUUGAUUGCACGUUUCAUUAUCUUCCAUGUCAAGCAUACGACGUAAAGCAAUACUGGUGUCACCUUUUUCUCCCUCAGGCUCCAUUCAUGUGCUAAUGGAAUUUAGAAAAAGAGCUGAUCAAAUGUGAUCCCCGAAAGCAGCAAAAAUCAAGAAAAUACUUUUCCCACAGCACUUGAUGCAUUGCCUUCUUCAGUCGUUUCUGA